ACACAUAACUAGCAAGUAGAAAAUGGAUUCCCUCUUCUUAUUCCCUCUUGUCCUGGCUCUAUCCUUGGUCGGUUUAACCGGAUAUCUCUUCUUCCGGUCCGGUGCAAGGCGGCGGCUCCCUCCGGGGCCGAGACCCCUUCCGGUGGUCGGAAACUUUCUCCAGUUAGGGAAAAAACCCUACGAGACACUGAGCCAGCUCGCGAAAACGCACGGGCCUCUGAUGUCCAUCCACCUCGGGAGCCUAUACACCGUGAUCGUCUCAUCGCCGGAGAUGGCGAAGGAGCUCCUCCAGCACCACGGCCAGGUCUUCUCCGGCCGCACCACCGCCCAGGUGAUGCAUGCACGCGACCUCAACAAGCUCUCCAUGGCCUUCACCCCGACGGGGAAGGAGUGGCGCGACAAGCGCAAGAUCUGCAAGGAGCGGGUCUUCUCCGACCGCAGCCUCGAGGGCAGCGAGGCCCUCCGCCGCGAGAAGCUGCAGCAGCUGCUGGACCACGUGCGCCGCCACUGCGACCGCGGGGACGUGGUCGAUCUCCACGACGCCCUUCUCGUCACCAACCUCAACCUCAUGCUCACCACCCUCUUCUCCACCCGCUCCCCCGACUUCGAGUCCGCCGUCACCCGGGAGUUCAAGGAGAUCGUGGAGGUCAUCGCCGUCGCCGUCGCCGUCCCCAACAUGGCCGACUACUUCCCCAUUCUCAAACCCUUCGAUCCCCAAGGAAUUAAACGCAAGGCCGAACUCUACUUCGGCAAACUCUUCGAGAAAUUCGAGGGUUUUCUCAACCAGAGAUUGGAAUCCAGAAGGAACAACCCCGCCGCUCCGAGGGCGCAGGAUCUGCUCGAGACGCUCGUCGAAAUCACCGAAGGAAACGACUACAACUUGACCAUACAAGAAAUUCCUUAUUUACUUUUUGACUUAUUCGUGGGAGGAUCGGAGACGAACACGACCACGAUCGAGUGGAUCAUGACGGAGCUUCUGUUCCACCCGGACAAGCUGCGGAAGCUAAAAGAAGAGCUCAACACCGUAGUCGGAAAGAAUGAGGAAAUCCGAGAGUCCGACAUCCCACGGCUGCCGUAUUUGCAGGCGGUGAUCAAAGAAACCCUCCGUUAUCACCCGCCGGGGCCGCUGCUGCUGCCGAGGAGAUCGGAAGCAGAUCAAGAGGUGAAUGGUUACAUGAUUCCCAAAGGGGCGCAGAUACUCUUCAAUGUGUGGGCCAUGGGCAGAGAUCCAAGCAUCUGGCGGAAUCCGGAAUCUUUUGAGCCGGAGAGAUUCCUCGAGGAAAAGAAAGUGGACUUCAGAGGCCAGCAUUUCGAGCUCAUUCCUUUCGGGGCGGGUCGGAGGAUCUGCCCCGGCAUGCCGCUGGCGACCCGGAUACUGCAGAUGACGACGGCGGUGUUGGUUCACAACUUUGAGUGGAAGCUUGAGAAAGAGAAGGAUGAUGCAGACCACAAAGGGGAGGUGCUUGGGGUCGCCUUGCGCAGGGCACUUCCGCUUAGAGCUAUUCCGUUUAAAAUUUAAGAUUACAUCAUGUCAUAGCUAGGGGAAAAUUCAAUGUGUUUCAUCAAAUUAAAGGGAGAUAUGUUAAUAAUUGUGACGUCCCCAUAUUUAAAUGUCAUUCCUAAAUAUAUAGUAUACCUUUAUGUUUGUCGCAA